AUGGUCAGCAAUGACUCGUACGGCCAAAGUAACAAGCACAUCCGCGCAUUGUCUUCUACGCCUAAGCGGACUACAUCAUCUUCAGCCACUCAGCCACAACCCAGCCCAUUACCAGUAAACCAGUAUUCACAUGCUAAAGUGCAAGAUCAAUCUGGAAAAGAAAUACAUUCUGAAACAGCGUCGUUUAGAUCUGUUUCUCAUCACACACGUUCAAUAUCACCCGUAAUCAACCCAGGUCGCGAAGCACCAGUGGACUAUGCACCGAGAGCUGAACCGAAUUUAAGUGUUGGCAAUAACGGAUUUAUUCAACAUGAUCAACAGAUACUUGAUGAAUAUGAACAAGAUUUUGAAGAUUAUGACGAGGACUUUGAAGAGUUUGAAGACUCUGUAGAAACUAAACUUGCACCUUAUGUACCAUCAGAUAUCAUUGAUUUGCAACGAGCAAUGCAAGAAGAAAACAAUCGUGCAGCCAUGGCACAACCAAAAUGGAAUUUAAAAAAUCCCAUGAAUCCCGGUUACUCUGAAGAAAUAAUUGCUACAAAAAAGACGACCGAUACAUCACCUGUGGUAGUAUCAAACCUUCCCAAACGACAAGUUGUAGAUAUAAACGUUGCACAUCAACGAUCACAGCAAGAAAAAGACAAAGCAAGUAAAGUUCAAAAGCAAGCGCAACGGGUUAAAGAUUUGUCAAAACUUGUCGACUUGAAUUUUACCAUUGUCAAUAUAUUUGACCUAGCACCUAUGUCUUCAUAUGACCUCUAUAUUAGAAAUUACGGUCUGUCGAAUACUACUCAAACCAGUACACAAACCAAUGAUGACUGCUGUGAUCGGGAUAUACAAACCGAUGAUUGGUGUGUUGAAGAUAAAUGGGUUCAAAUUCCAUCUAAUUCGAUUUGUGACUGCGACGCAGGCACACCAUUUAUGACUUUCAAUGCCAGUAAAUCAUCAGAUCGCAGUGGAAUAAAACGCGCAGUAGAAAAUGCCAUUCAGAAAGUUGAUUCAGUUCGACUGGCCAAGUUUUUACAACGAUCAUCACAGGUUGUAGAUACUCUUUUGGAUGAAAAUACCAAGUAUGCUACUGAUGAAUCUGUGUGCACAUCCUCGGCAUCGUUUGGAUUGAGCAAAGGAUUUAACGAUUUAAAUAUUCCAAGCUUUUUAAGAGGCCAGAGUGUUCAAAAUAUAUGCUUUACUCCAGGAGAUUAUCGAUCAGUGUUGAUUGCAUGGAGUGGAGUAACUACUCCUGUCCAUCCACUGUUUUCAUCAUCACAAGGUGCUUUAAUUGUAUGGCGAUUGAGCGACAUCAAGCGUCCAUCUCGUGUUCUUGUAUGUCAAUCUCGAGUAACGUGCUGCUGUUUUGCUCCCACAAAACCAUUUCUUGUUUUUGCAGGAACAGUCGAUGGAGGUGUUCAAGUAUGGGAUUUGCGUGAACCUGCUACAAAUCACAUAUCAGCGACGCUAUUUCCUGACCAAGAUGCUUUUUCAAUACGGCCACCGAGUUACAGCACAGAUGGAAUAUAUACUCUUGCUCAGUCUCACCUCCACCCAAUUGUAUCCAUACUACCGUUGCAUAAAUACGAUCACAAGACGGUUGAAAAAGAUCAGCAAACCAACAGCAGUUUUUCAAACUCUUUCCAGCUUGCUACAAUAGAUUCGUCGGGGGUUUUUCAACUUUGGGUGGUGAUUGAGCUUAAAGAAUCUGCUAUAGAUUUGGAUGCAGAUUUAGGACGACGUAUUGGAAGUCGGGUAAAAUUGAUGGGUAGCAAUUCCUUUCAAAUGCAGCAUCCAGAUAGGCAUGCAUUUUCAAGAGAAAUUGAAAUAUAUGAUUGCAAGCCUAUAUACAAUCAAAUUGAUACAUUUCUUGUUGCCACAGAUUCAGGAUCUGUCAUGCACGAGUCCAGAUUUCGUGAUCGAUGCCAUCCAAAUAUUUACGAGCCUACAGUCAUGAAUGCUAGUCCAUCAUUUUCUCUUGCUCUUCCACGAUCAGAUAAAGUGGCAAGUAUAUCCAUAAACCCUCAUAUUCCAUCUCUAUUUUUGGCAGGUCAUGCCUCGGGAAUGAUUGCACUCUAUUCUGUGCACCAUCGUCCUGCGCUCAAAGUAUGGGAUACUAUCAAUGCACCCAUUCAAUAUAUUGAGUGGUCAUCUCAUCGAUCAGCAGUGUUUGUUGUACUUGAUUCCACUGGCACAAUCUCUGUUUUUGAUCUUAUUGAAAACGAUCAAGACGCGAGGAUGACCGUUCCAGCCAGUGACCUUUCACCAACUGGAAACAUACCGUGUCGCAUUGCUUUUAGUCCAACAGAUGUAUCUGCUACCUCCAAAGUCUCGUUGGAUAAUUUGAGAGCAGUUUCAAGUCAUGGUGCUACCAUUAUUGUUGGAUUUGACAAUGGAAGCGUAAGUGUUCAUAGCGUGGACACAGAGUAUGCUGAAAUGGCAAUUGACGAGGAAAAGACAAUGGAAGAGUAUAUUCAAGAAUUAGUAGAUUGCAUUGUACUAAAAUGGAAAUGA